AUGCUGCCGCUUGUUCUGUAUGAUAUUAUCUCUAAUCUCCCCGGUAAUCAAUUUUCACCCAAUCCCGCGAAGCCGAGGUUCGUUUUGAGCUACAAAGAUAUUCCAUUCGUGACCAUCUGGGUCGAAUACUCAGAUAUCCAUAUCGCUAUGAAGUCCAUUGGUGCAAAGCCAAUCAAACGCCCAAAUGGCUCGGAUGUUUGCACCGUCCCCGUCCUCAGCGACCCCAACACUGGUGCCCUCAUCACCGACUCCCUCGAGAUUGCUUCUUACCUCGAAAAGACAUAUCCCGAGAAGCCAGUUUUCCCAAACAAUUCAGAGCCCUUGAUACGCGCGUUCGACUCUGCCUUCAUGAGUCUGAUUCUACCUAGCAUUAAGCCGCUGUUCCAACGUAGCAUGGAAAUAAUGAGUCCCACCAGCGCCAAGUUCUUCAUCGGAACUCGUUCGGUGGACGUCCCGUUACCAUGGGAUGUGAACUUUGAUGCAGACUGGAAGCUACUGGAGAAGGCGUACAAUACCCUGUACGAGUGGUACCAGAAGACUGACGGGAAGUGGAUCAUGGGCGACACUUUUUCGUAUCCAGACAUCGUUAUUGCUUGUCAGGUGCUGUGGUACAAACGAGUGCUCAAGGAGGAUGAGUGGGCCAGGAUCAGUUCUUGGAAUGGGGGAAAAUGGGUCCAACUCCUUGCAGAUGCUGAGAAGGAGUGCAAAUUGGCUUAG